AUGGUCCCUAUCAGAGACACUAGAAAUGAACAGGAAGAGUCAAGUCCGAAAACAAUUCAUCAAGGACAAGACGGAGAUGUUUGGGUUCAACACUUGGAGCCUUCAGUAUGCAAUAAUAAUUGUAAUUUCCACUGGUUUGGCGCUGGCCUCGAUAGAUUCCAUUGCCGUACAAUAGGCAGCCAGUCGUUUCGUGGAACGACCGCGAGCUGCGUCGCGUUCGAAAGUGCUACUCGGCGAGGGACCUGCUGUGGGCAAAUCGGAGCUGAUGGAAACAAUUUUCUCUCCAUCAGCUCCAGGAGGAGCGCGAGACCAUCGGAAAGCGUCGGAAGAAAUGCCAUGCUGGGCGCCGGAGCUUCGCAAUGGACUGGUCUUGUGAUGUUGGAGACCAGAAGUAUCGUGUUGAAGGCCGUUAGGAUUGGAAUCGUCCGUUAUGACAAGUGGACGACAUCCUUGGAGACCCUAAAUGUGACCAAACUCAUUUUUAUUGACAGGAACACGCUAACACUAACUACUUUUUUGGAAGAUCCGCUGCCGCUGCUCGCCAAAGUCGAUGUUCUUUAUUAG